GAGAUGGGGAGAGAAGUUUGCCUGCGGCGCGGUCCACACAACAUUUACUGUAUUUCAUUUGGGGAACAGCUACAAGAAGCCUCCGGAGAAGCUUUCAAGGGAAUGAGGAAUAUCUGACAGCGCCAGAAACGCCGCUCACAGCUGACAUUCCCAGCUCAUUAAAGAAAAAAAAAAAAAAAGCAACCAAAAUUAAAAAAAGAAAAAGAAAGAAGAGAAGCGAGAGAUUUACGCAUCAUUGAUGCGGCCAAACUAGUGCGACGCUCGGGUCAGUAGGACAGCGGAGUGGAACAUUUUCCUUUAAAAAACACAAUAAAGUGUGGGUCCUGGAGGAGAAGCGAAACAGCAAGAGGAGACGAGGCGAAGACGACGACGAAGAAGACCGUCCAACUGAAAGUGACAAAAGAGUCCGGCUCAGAAUGAAUAACAACAAAAUCGAGAAGGAAAACGAGCAGAGUGAAUUCACCAACCACGAAGAGGAGGUCCGAACGCUAUUUGUCAGCGGCCUACCACUGGAUAUUAAACCUCGAGAGCUCUAUCUCCUCUUCAGACCAUUUAAGGGCUACGAAGGAUCCUUGAUAAAGCUCACGUCAAAACAGCCGGUGGGGUUUGUCAGCUUUGACAGUCGAUCAGAGGCGGAGGCUGCUAAGAAUGCCUUGAACGGCGUCCGCUUUGAUCCCGAGAUUCCCCAAACUCUGCGGCUGGAGUUCGCCAAGGCCAACACCAAGAUGGCCAAGAACAAGCUGGUUGGCACCCCCAACCCCCCUCCGUCCCAGCAGAGCCCCGGGCCACAGUUCAUCAGCAGAGAUCCAUAUUCGCUGGCUCCCACCUGCAGAUGGAACUCCUCAGGGAUGGAAGUCCAGGCAGUUCUGCUGAAGUAUGUGUUCCUGAUGUGUGAUGGUGGCCGUGGCCGGCUGUGACGGGCGUUGCUGAUUGCCUCUCGUGUCCUAUUAGAAAACCAGGAGGACUGACCUGAGUCCGGCUCUCGGAGCAGCGCAACCGUCGGCAGCAGCAGCCUCGUGGGCCUCAGGACAAACUAGACCCCAGCCUCCAUCACACAUCGAGCCCCCCCCCCCCCCCUCCUCCUUCCCCAAACUUCCUCCCAACUCCCUUUUUUUUAUACUGUUACAUACUCGAGAUUUUACAGGCAGCGCUUUGGCUACACCUCCUCCGACGCCUCCGCACGACAAAAGGCCGCCCUUCGCUCUCCGUCCGUCCAGCAAGACCGUCGAAAGGGGUGCGAGGUGCAUUUUAUGCCAGGCCGAAACAUGGCGGAAGUGUGGCUAAAGUGCUUCCGAGUAGUGUUAUUAUAUGACUAUAAUUACUAUUCUGUAUAUCAUUCAUAUUAAUGUUAUUAUGAUUAUUAAAUACAUGUUGAAGCAUGACUUUGCAAAAAAAAAAAGGAGAGAAAAAAAAAAAACAAUGCUGUACAUUUUUAGAUAUUUUAAAGAAAUACAAAAAUGUAUUUUUGUAAUCAAGACAAUGUUUGAAAUGGUUUUGUUUUGAUUGGUUUAUGUUGUGCUGAAAUGUGUGAGGAACUUUCAUACAUUUAUUAUUAUUAAUCCUUUUUUUUUUUUUGUUUGUUUUUGUUUUUUUGUCCUGCCCUUCGUGUUUUGUGCCAUUGAGAAAGAAGUCGCCCUGCUAAACCAAAGCAGUCCUCGUCUUUUCUACAUGCUGUGUCCGUUUUUUGGUUUUUGCGAGCGUCCGGUGGGCGAAGAGCCGUGACGUCCGGUUAACCGAGCCCAACCCGAUUCAGCUCUUUAAGUUCUGCAGUCUGGAGGUAAUCAGACGUGUUAGAGGAGGCAUUGACAGGAGUAAGCCAUCGCCGGUGGAGGCGGACUGACCCCCCCACCCCCCGAGAGACGGCGGCACACGGCAAACUGAGCCCUGCUAUAAUUAGGAAUCCGCUCCUUCAAUGUUGUAGCAGGACAGCAACACAGUAUAGAGAAACAAAAGACCAAAGGCUUUUUCUUUUUCUUUUUCUUUUCUUUUUUUUUUUUUUUUUUUUUACACUGGAGAGCGAUCUAGACUAGUGGAAUUAUUCCAUUUUUUGACUGCUUUGUAGUCCUCAGUCUGAUUUCUUAUGAAGUAUGACAUUAUUUUUGCUGCAUGUCCCUUCCUGUGUCACUCCAAAGAGCCACUCUGCAUCUGAAAGGAUAUUCACUUUAAGCAAUUUGUCCCUUUUGUCUAUUUUUAGGGAGCCGACGUGAUUUCAACCUGCUUUUGUAAAAAAGUUUGAAUUUACAUAGUAAUGAUGGGAGUGGAAAAGGAGGAGGAGGACAAAAAAAAAAACAUCUUUUGUAAUCUCGUGUCUUUCUGGGCCUGCAAUAACGUCUCUGCUGUACGACAUAUCAUCGAGUGAUCAUAUUUUUGUGACAUUUUGACGCCAAACUUCGCAUUCAUGUCGCGUUUGUACAAAAAAAAAAAAAAGUAAUCAGUGAUUCUUGUACUUUUUCCUCUGAUGAGGCUAAGUCACAUUGUACAGUGAUGUGACAAUCAAAAACACUGUAAAAAAAACAAAACAAAAACCCAUUGUUUCCUCCCUGUGAUGUUUAGCCUGGGUGUGUACAAUCAUAUUGGACUGGUUGAAUCAUAUACAGUAGUGUUUGUAAUGAAUAAUGAUAAUAUGCAUCAUAUUUAGCAUAUCGGCUGAUUUUAUGAAGCAGGUUUUUUGCUUUUACAGACAUUUUUUUAAGCCGAGUGUGGCACCAAAUUUAUUAGAACAAGUAUUUAUAAAAAUGUGUGUGAGCGUGCGCGUGUGCGUGUGUGUGUGUGUGUGUGUGCGUUUUUAAGGGUAAUGUCUUUUUAACGUUCAUAGAGGAUGCCCUUCAUAUAAUUCAGUGUAAGUAUUAAUGUAAGUUUUGAUUGUAUAUUCAUUUGGUAAUUUUUUUUUCUUUUUUUCUUUUUUUUUUUUUCUAGAGCUUCUUCAUUCGGUUUGUGUCUGUCUGAUCGCAGAGUACCGUAUGUGAUAUGUGAAUACUGUUUUUACCUGCAUAAUUCACUGUGAAAUCCAGAGGAAAAACAAAAAGCUCUUGGAAUGAAUGGGUGGUUCGAGUGUCUGGCCGGCAGUACGGUACACCGCUUUCCUGGAAGUGAAUUUGACGAUCCCUCCUUUUUCUGUCCGAGAACGACGAUUCCUUUACCUGUUUUUUAGUAUACCGUGUGUGUAGCUGUGUGUUCUGUGCAUGUUCACGGCAUGUGUGUGUGCCCCUCUGUUUCUUUUUUUCUUUUUUCUUUUUUUUUCUUAACGCGUAGAGUACUGUUGAUAUUUAUGUACUUUAGCCGCUGUAAGGAGAAACUGUAUUUCGGUGAAUUGCAGAGGGUUGUUUGAAAAACCAAAAAAAAAAAAAAACCUACAAAAAAAAAAAAGUGAACAAAAUGAGAAGUUUUUAUGAAAAUGUAAGAUGAAGACAUUUCAGGCCAUCUGCCA